GAACUUAUCGACUGGUUAGUAUUGAGUGAAACCUUGAGAGAACGUCAUUGAUUUGGAGCGAUGAGUGGAAAUUUCAAAACUCCCAACUCGUCCGCACUGGCUGUGGUGCUGUUAAUGCUGGGCGUUGUGCUGAUGAGGCCCAGCAGCGUGGUGGCACGAGAACAUGACCCUUGCCAAUUUUUCCCCAACAACACCGUGAUACGUGAUCCCGACGACUGUAGCCGUGGCCUGACCUGCAUUAAUUUCGAGUCUGUGGUCACGAAAAACUGCACCGGCAGCAAAGCCUUCUUCGACAAGGAUAAAAAAGACUGUGUCGCCUCGCUGUCCGAUCACUCGCUAUGUCAAAUAUCUUGCGUCAAUGCCACUGGCACGUUUGUGCAGGAUCCCAAAACCUGUUAUGGCUACUAUUAUUGCCAGGAUGAGUCAUGGGCCCGACACGGCACCUGUCCCGACACCUAUCACUUUGACUUUGCCACACAAUCGUGCAUCUAUUCCCACGUCUCGAAUUGUACGGUGAAAGAGCUGAACUUCUGUGCCAUCGUCAAAGAUGGCGAGAAAUUCAAUGACCCCAGCAGCUGUGAGAAAUACUUCGUCUGCAAGAAGGGCAAACUGAAUAACGAAUCGUGCAAGGAUACCUAUUACGAUGCCGUCAAGGGUGAAUGUGUACAAAAGUCCAAAGUUGACUGUGCCAAUCAUCCCGUUCCGGACAAGUUGUGCAAUAAAAAGUCGAAUGUUUACGUCGCCGAUGGUGCCACAUGUCGAGGCAGGUUCUAUUGCCGUGCCAUGGCCACAAAUUAUGACACCAAUCCGACAUGGUCUCAGUGUCCGGAAAACCGAUUCUUCAGUGAAAAGCACCAGGCCUGUGUCGAGCCCUUGCUUUCCGAUUGCACACAUGAUCGUUGCGAGUCCCGUAAUAAAACGUUUGUCGUUAGUCCGACCAAGGGAUGUCGUCAUUAUUUGCACUGUGUCAAUGGCAUAUCCGAGGGCGAAUACCCCUGCGGUAAUUACUUCUUCGACGAGGAAGCUCAGGCCUGUACCACACGUAUUAUCGAAUAUCCGGUGUGUGCUGCUUAAGCAAAAACAACAAAAAAAUUAAUAAAUUAGGAAAAAUGGGAAAUUAUGAAAAGCAGAGA